AUGGCCGGAGCCGCAAUGGCCGAGCCCGGCCGCGGGCCGCCUUUCGCGCCCGCGCCCGGCACGGAGGGUCUGCCGCGCGCCUUCCUGCAGAGCCUGCGCACCCUCUUCGACAUCCUGGACGACCGGCGGCGCGGCAUCGUGCACCUGCGCGAGAUCGAGUCCCGCUGGCAGGGCGCCGACGCGCGCGAGCUGCCCCGCGGCGUGCUCGAGGGCCUGCGCCAGGUGGCCCCGGCCAGCGGCUACCUGACCUUCGAGCGCUUCGUGGCCGGCCUGCGCACCUCACUGCUGAGCGCCGACGGCGGCACGCGGGCCCCGGCGCGCGCCCCGGCCCGGGGAGGCUGCCCGGCGCGGCCCGGGGGGCAGCCGCCGCCGCCGCAGCGCCUGGUGUUCGCGCCGGCCGACGAGCCACGGACGGUCCUGGAGAGGAAGCCCCUGCCCCUGGGCGCGCGCCCCCCGCCGGCCGGCCCGGGCGGCGCGGCCCGGAGCCUAGAGAAGCUGUGCAGCCCGGCGGAGGCGGCGCCCGGCCCGGAGGAGCCCGAACGGCCCCAGGGCGCGGCGCUGGAGCGGAGCCCGAACACGGACGCUGAUGCAGUGGCCUGCAGGGCCCGGGAGCUGGGCGUGGGGGACGCCCGGUGGGGUCCCCGUGCCCGAGGGGAACGUCGGAGACACACCAUCACCAACGGUGUGGAUUGCGACCUGCUGAAGCAGAUGAAGGAGCUGGAACAGGAGCAGGAGGUGCUGCUGCAGGGCCUGGAGAUGAUGGCACGGGGCCGGGAGUGGUACCAGCAGCAGCUGCAGCGCGUGCAGGAGCGCCAGCGCCGCCUGGGCCAGAGCAGGGCCAGUGCCGGCUUCGGGGCUGAGGGGAGCCCCCGCCUGCUGGGGCAGCUGCUGCCCAAGGUGCAGGAGGUGGCCCGGUGCCUGGGGGAACUGCUGGCCGCGGCCUGCGCCGGAAGGGCUCUGCCCUCGUCCUCCUCAGGGCCCCUGGGCCCCGCCCUGGCCCCCGCCUCGCCCUCGGUCCCCGGCUGGCAGCGGCAGACCAUUCUCAUGCUGAAGGAGCAGAACCGGCUCCUUACCCAGGAGGUGACCGACAAGAGCGAGCGUAUCACACAGCUGGAGCAGGAGAAGUCCGCCCUCAUCAAGCAGCUGUUUGAGGCCCGUGCCCUCAGCCAGCAGGACGCUGGGCCCCUGGACUCCACCUUCAUCUAGCCAGCCCCAGGCACUGCCAUGGGGCCUCGCGGCCUGGCACUCAGCCCUGGGCGGGCGGGCACUUCCUUGAGCCCCACCUCGGAGGCUGAAGGCACCCUGGCCAACCCGAGCACCGCCCUCCUUCCUCCCUUCCAGUCCGGGCUCCCCUAACCCCAGGAUGUUCUGAGACCCCAGACGUUGACUCCAUCUUGGUCUCGGGGGCCUGACCUGGGGUGGGACUCCAUCAUGCCAACACACAACCUGAAGCUGCUCCUGCCACUGUGAGUGGACAGCGGGGGACACCCCCUCGUGUUCACCAGAUCUGGGCAGCCCUGGGCAGGCCUGCCCCUGUGUUUGCAGCUGGUGUGUCUCCCCUCUCACCUGGGGUCUCCAGUGGAAGGCACUGAUCACACAAGGCUGCGUUCCCAAGAGUGGCCAGCAGAGGGCGCCACAUGCACUGGUGACUGCGGCCUUGGAGGCCCCACUGUGGUGUCUCACAUGGGGCCUGGAGUAGGGGAACCUCGGGCGGGCUGGGACACCUGCAGGUCCAGUGGGUGAUUGGCCCCGGGGGUCCAAGGGCGUCUUCCCCCCCCUCAAGGUUAGGCGGCUGUCCCUCAGCCAGGAGCAGAUGGAGGGUGGCCUCUAAGAAGGGGGGUCUGCUUGUGUCCAGUUCCAGGGGAGCCCCGAGGGCAUGGUGUUGGGGAUUCACUGCAUUCGUGCCUGGGCCAAAGCUGGCCUGCUUGGUCCUCCCCACAGACCUUAGAUGCUAAACAAACGGGUUGGCCUUCA